GGUCCGUAUCUGGCGUCAAAGCUGACGAAAGCUGAGGAUGUAAUGUCAACAACAAAAAAGGAAUUGAAAGCUCUCCUUGAAGUGUCAGAAAGUCAGGUAGAACUCUGGCUUGCAGAGGCACAGAUUCCUGCUAGUUGUCAGCGACUGAGACGAGAUCUGUCCAGCAAGGCCAGUAUCUUACAUUCUGUCAACAAACACAGUGUUGAGAGGGCUGCAUCUCGAAAUGGUAAAGAAAUAAUUAUGCCGAUGGCUAGGCUAUUGCAAUUAAACUGCAGAAAAACAUCAACAGAACCAAUCGGCAUAUUAAGAAGAUGAUGGAAAUCUUCAACACAAAGGACAUGGAUGAGAGUUUACCAGAGACACUUGUUUACGAAGAUGCGUUGAAGGGACAUUACUUAGGCAUGGAAGAAGCACCAAUUGCAGGUCCUAAUGAUAGUGUGCCAUUCCACCUUAAAGAACAAGCUGUUGACUUGUUUUGCCACCACUCCCGAGCUUUUGAGGAACGGUGCUUGUUGUUGAAGAAGAUGGUCAAUGUUGACUGCGUCUUUUAGAAGCAACAACAAGUUUUGUUGGCCUGUGCAACAUCGGAUUAUCUCUCACAGGGCCAGAUGGCAAUGGUAGUUGCUAAGGCAAUUUCUAAAGAAGAACUUCACUAUGAAUUCUAUGAGGCAUGCAAGGGCAAUGUGGAAUUGCCAUUUCCUGGGCAGACAUUUAUUGCAUCUGUCAUUAACAAUCAUCGAAGCAUCACCACUAGUGAACUUGGCCUUCCUGAGGAAGAGGUCAGUGACUUCCUUGAAAGGGUGCAGUGUUUGGAGGAAGAGCAGGAGCAGCAUGGUGAUGAUGGGGACGAUCAUGAGAUAGAAGACGGAUUAAGUGCAGUUCAGGAGAGUGAUUACUUGGAUCUGAUUGAUUUGUAGCUACAAUUUUUGAGGUCUUCAUGUUUAAGGGUCGGUCCCUCCCUUCUCCUGGGACAGAAAAGAAAAAGAGGUUACGAAAGAACAAACAGAUGAGAAAAAGGGUUCAACUAGAUGAAGAUCAAGUUGCUAGCUGUUCUUUUCAAGAUGGCAGCCUUCUGGACAAUGAAAGUACUCGGAAACCUACUGCACCUGUUGCUGAUUCUUCUCAUCAGGAUGACUGCAGACAAGAUACUGAAACACAGGAACAGUUAAAUGGAGCUGUAGUGUCAACAAGUUCACCAAGUAAGAGUCAUUGUGCUGCUAGCGCAUAUACACAAGCAUGGAUAUCAAAAUUUGCCUCACACGGUGCGCCUACUGAUAGUUCAACUCUUACAAAAGAAGCCAUAACUGUUCAAAGAAGGAAGUUAUGUCUGCAAAGUUCCACAGAGAGAAGGUCACCAGAAAAAUGUCCGUCACAAGAAAGUUCCAAAUUAAGACAACUGAGAAGUGACUACGAAAAGCUUGAAGACAAGUGUGACAGGCUAAAAUAUGACCUUGUGAAGACAGACAGGCGCUAUAAAUACUUAUAUGAACAGUACAACUACGUGCAAUUCAUGGCCUCAGUGCGGAAUGAACGACACAAAAUUUGUACCCACUUUCGAAUGGCGGAGCAAGUGUCGUCAUAUGCUGCCAAGCAGGUUGAAGAAAGUGUUUUUAGCAACGUCUUUUUCAAUCCAGACUGUGACAUAGACAACGUCAUUGUUCCUAUCAUCAAUGUAACGCUGAUGAAAGUAUUAAAAGUUGGAGACACUUGCCAAAUAUACAAAGCCGCCUGCCACACUGUCAAUAGGUUCGCUGCUAAGCAAUACAGUGAUGAGAACUAUGUAUCCGUUGUCAACCGAGAGUUUCAGGUGCUGUCCUGUAUCAAUGCCACAUUUACCCCAUUCCCAAUUGGAGUAUACUAUGAGGAUAACAAACCGAUAUUGGUGACUUCACUCCACCACAUUACGGGGAAUGUAUAAAGCUUAAAGGACCGUUUUUUGGAUUUUCCUUCCCAUUUAAGUGGGAGGGGAUGGGUGAAAGCAACGGUCACAUUUGGCUUUCACCUCCGUCACCUCUUCGAAAGACGGUUUUUGCAUAACAACUUGAAGGCUGAUAAUGUUGUGCUGGAUGCAAAUGAGAAGGGCAUAGAUGUCAUUCUGUGCAGUUGGAAAAAUUCUUGUAGAAUCGAAUCUGCCCGAAUUCUCACAGAGAAGCAAACAAAAAAGCUUGCGGACAAUAUUGUUGUCCCAGAAGUUUUGCGCAGAGAGAAGCCAUUUUCAAUUGCAAGUAACAUUUAUGCAUUCGGUUGUCUUGGAAUCUUGGUUGUGAAAUAUUGUAGGGCAUAUGAAAUCAAGGAUUACAAUUUACCAGCUCUGGAAAGAUUCUGUCUGAUAUGUGUGAGUCCAAGAUCUGCAGCAAGGCCAGAUGUUGAGCUGUUUGACGAAGACCUCGAAUCAUUUGACAUAUAAUAAUGUGUGACUCUAACUGAAAAGACAGUACAUGUAUCCCUCUGACAUUGGCGGAUGGUAUUUUGGAGAACUUUGUUUUCCACCUGGAGGAUCUUGACUGAGAAUACUUGGCCUGUAAGGUCACAUACAAUUUACAAACUGUAUGACGAGUUUGGGUCUUAACCCUUUAGCUCCUGCGAGUCUACAAAUUUUUUUCCAGCAUCUCCCUGAAGAUUUCCAGGUAUUCCUAUAGUGUAUAGACUUUUGGCAAAAGAGAUACAAAAAGUUGAGAAUGAAGUACUACAAGUUAUUUUGAAGCUAACAAUCAUACCUACAAUAUGAUAUCAUAAAUUUUUCAUUUUAACCCCCUGGUAUCGACAGGAUUAACCCUCUCAGCAAUUUAGUGAAAAUUCAUAAAAAGGCCCUGUAGUAAACAACAGAAUCAUAAGAAGUUCCUACCUAAUCAACAAAAUCCAUAAAGAAACCCAAAUGUACGAUAAUCCAACCUAAUAUCGAUCGAAAAACACAACCCGGCAGUCUCCUGUACAUGAAUACAUGAAUGGGUUGAUAUGAAGUUAUGGUUUGCACAUGUCACAUUUGUUGGUCAAGUUGGACCAUGAGAAUUGCGAAAUUAAAACACCUACAAAAAUUUCCAGGGUGUGGUUUUAUUGCUGAAUUGACAUGUAGACGAUGGAUAUUUUUUUACCGGUGAAUACUAGUUGUAUGUUGUUAUUAUCAAUAUGUCAGGCCUUCCUAGUUGGUCACAAGUUGUCAUAGUGACUUGUCU